AUUCUUUACUCGCGCAUGCGCAGUUGUUGGCUCUCGAAGGAGUACGUUCUCUACAGGGAGAGGUUAGGAGGUUCUUUUACCGCACGGGACGAUGACGGAUACAAAAAAAGAGACCGCCUCGCCUGCGAGCACCAAGAAGCUGCCGGCGGUGCCGGAAUCUGUGCUGAAAAGGAGGAAACGCCGUGAAGCGGUCAAAGCUGCACGUCUGCAAAUUUCGAUUAAGCAACGUGCAAACCGUUAUAAGAAGAGGAAAGAGAUUUUCAAAAGAGCAGAGAAAUAUGUAAAGGAGUAUAAACAAAAAGAAAGGGAUGAAAUCAGAUUGAUGAGACAGGCUAAAAACCGUGGAAAUUAUUACAUUCCUGGUGAGGCACGUCUAGCUUUCGUUAUCCGUAUUCGAGGUGUGAAUCAAGUUGCACCAAAGGUACGGAAGGUACUUCAGCUGUUUCGACUGAAACAGAUUAACAAUGGCGUUUUUGUCAAAUUGAACAAAGCAACGAUUAAUAUGUUACGGAUUGUCGAGCCCUACAUCACAUGGGGAUAUCCAAAUUUGAAAUCUGUUCGCGAAUUGAUUUACAAACGUGGGUUUGCCAAAGUAAACAGGCAGCGCAUCCCGAUAACUAGCAAUGCCAUCAUUGAGAGGAAACUCGGUCGUUCUAAUAUUAUCUGUACCGAAGACUUAAUCCAUGAGAUUUUCACCGUUGGCCCUAAAUUUAAGUACGCCAGCAAUUUCCUGUGGCCUUUCAAGCUCAAUACACCGAACGGUGGAUGGCGCAAGAAGACCAAUCAUUACGUAGAGGGUGGUGAUUUUGGAAAUCGAGAAGAUAAAAUUAAUGAACUUCUCCGAAGGAUGGUGUAGACCCACAAAGACCAUAAAUAUAAACUAUUAUGUCCAAAAUUAA